GUCUUUAUGUAACUUACAACUUUAUAUCAAUACAUCAGAAAAUCUUUUUUUCGACAUCAAAGACAAUGUCAUAUUUCAAAUCAUUUUUGAAAUAUUACGACAUAUUAAAGUAUUUUUUACGCAGGGUAAAUCAAAAUCUCCUUUCUUUAUGAUUAACACCCCCAUAAUUUGAAAACGUUGAUCAGUUACUGUUAAUGGCGACGGGGAAUGAGUCAAGGGAGGAAGAUCGGCGGGUGAUCCGGCGUGAACGCAGCUCUAGCGACACUCCAGCCCUGCUUGACUCCAGGAAUAAGGAAACAGUAGAAUCAGGCACCAUAUCAGAAGCAGAUGCAAUGAAGUCGGGCUCGAGCCUUGUGCCGGGCUCGCGAACACCUCCGGUGGAGAGGAAGAGCAGGUUCGCCACACUCGGACGCAUCUUCAAACCAUGGAAAUGGCGGCGAAAGAAGAAGAGCGAAAAGUUCAAACAAACAUCGAUAGUUUUGGAGAGGAAGAUUUCCAUGCGUUCCACACGAGAGGAUCUAGUGAAGAGAGGGGUGCUGAAGGAUACAGAAGGAGAUGGUGCAGUUCCACAAGCAACUCAGGAAGCUGGAGCCUCAGAUGCCACCAGGAACACCCCCCUUACCACAGUGGAAGAGACUCCUGAGGCAGCAGGAGGGGAUGCUGCCUCCCCCCACAUUGCUAAUGGUGCAGUCACAAACUGUGAAGAAACCCCUGCCCCACCCCUGCCUGCUGUCCUCCCCACCCCAGAGGGAGGAGACAGCCCUGCCCCACCCACAGCAAUAGUCCAACACAAGCCCUCCCCACCCAUACCACCAAAAAGAGUUGGCUUCAGCCUACCCAAACGUCCUGCGGAAAGCCCAGCCAAAGUAGAAGGAAGGGAAGAGGAUGCUAGGGAUACAGACCAGGUGGUACCAGAGAUGCAGUUUAAGAAAGCUGAUCAACCUACCAAUGAGAUGGAGGGAAGAAAGGAAGAAGAAGAGGAGGAGAAGGAAACAGCUGCACCUGCCAAACCACCGAAGGAGAGGGUUCGCUCAGUGCCCAGUGCUGAAGUGUCUGCCCUGAUACAGACCCUGGAGGACCAGCUGAAAAAUGUUGCUGUGUCAUUGGGCCCUGACAAGGACAGAAGAGACAUGGCUGGGCAGUCAGCGAUGCCCCCUAUCAUCAAGGUGAAAACUCCAUCGUUGGCAGAACCUGACAGCGAUGGUGAAGAAGACGACAAAGAAAAUAAGCCAGUAAACCGUAAGGGUCUGCGGGCACGGUUCUCAGAUGAAGAUGAAAGCAGUGAGGAGGAGGGGUCCCCACGAUUUGUGAUGUACUUGCUGCCUGUACUCCCCCCCUUCCUGGUGUGGCUGUCCUACACCCUUCCCAUGCUCCUCUUCUCACUGCUGCGGUGCCUGGCCCAUGUGCUGUCCAUCUGGCGGCUCUGGCACUGGUCGGGGCUGGCAGCCAAGGUGGCGAGGAAAGACAGUCUGGCACUGAAGCUGAGCCAACGCCCCACUAGGAGGGAACUGAUCGAGAAGAACAUCAUCCCCAGCAUCAGUGACAAAGAGCGGCAGGAGAACCGCGAAGUCGUCGGAACAAAGCUCAACAGGCGGCUGAGUCUCAGGCCCACAGCUGAAGAGCUACAGCAGAGGGGGAUACUGAAAGUUAAGAAUGAAGAGGAAGCUCGUCAGGAAAUGCAGGAAAAGAAGAGAACACUGACCAGGAAGUUGAGUUUCCGGCCAACAGUUGAGGAACUUCGUCAAAGGGCAAUCCUGACAUUUAAUGACUAUGUGGAGGUGGCUGAGGCCCAAGACUAUGACAGAAGAGCAGACAAACCUUGGACUAGACUAACUCCAAAAGAUAAGGCUGAUAUUAGGAAAGAGCUUAACGACUUCAAAAGCUCAGAAAUGGAGGUACAUGAAGAGAGCAGACACCUCACCCGCUUCCAUAGACCAUGAUCUCUGACCUUUGACAUCUUAACGCACACUGCAGUCCAAUUUUGCUGACAGAUACAAAUGUAGGAUUAUGGAAAUGUUUGGUAUGUGCUAACACAUGACAGGUCAGUGGUAGGUACAUUUGUAAUGUUGAGGUCUUAGGUGGAGAAUAUUUACAAUGUUUAUAUUUGCAUUCUCAAACUAUUGUCCUUUGCACAUAAUGAUGAAGAAAAUGCAUAUAAUCUUAGCUGAACAGGGAAGGGUAGACAAACUUAAGAUUAAGGUACCUCUGGAUACUUAUUGAAUACAUUUUACAUUCUACAUGUUAGAUGCUUCAUGCACCUUCAUGUAUAUGUUGGUCUGGUACAUGUACAUUGUAAACAACCCAGAUGCUUCCAAAUGAGGUCUAAAAUGACAGUUGUAUUUAUUGGACCAGAAUAUCCCUGCUUGUAUACGUGGGACAGUUGUAAAGCAAAUUUCCGUAGGAUUUCUGCUCUUUGUACUUCUCAUAUGACCAGUCCUGCUACCAUAAAUACAUUAAAUAUUGUAUACAACAAAUCUGGCCAGGGGUAUCCUGCCUAGUAUACACAGUGCAGUAAUACAUGUAUAAUCUUUUUGUAUUGGAAUCAAUCUUGUCCAUGUAAGAUACCUAUUAUAUUCUUUCAGGCAAGAACUAACAUUGGCCAGAUUUUAACACUGCAUCUGUAUGUUACCACUACCCAGAAAAACCAUAAUGGUUAUGGUUAACGGGCUUACCUUGGUAUUUUUCAGAUUUUUCCCAACUUAUUUUGAAGCAGUCAUAGUACAGAAUCACAUAAUGGGAAACAUUCCCUUGGACUGUAGCCGUAACGAGUUAUGCUAAAUUUUGUUCUCCCAGGCCUUGGACAUUAAAGUUAACUCUAGAAGAAGAUGCUCUGUACCAAUAGGUAAUGAUAUUAGGAAGUACUAAAAAUGCAUACUACAUGUACUACACAGUAUAUGAUAAAGUACCCAAGAGACCUGUGUGCAUCAAAAAGCAUUCAGUAUUCUACUUAUUGAUAAGUACCCUCUAAUUCAAUUUCAUUGUACCUUCUAAUAUCAGCCUAUGGCUGAAUGUAAUGUGCCUAACAAGGCCUCAAAAAGAUUUCAAAAAUAAAUUCAGGGCUGAUAAGAAAAACGUUAUGAACAUUAGGCCUUCUUGGUGUGUAUCAGUAGAUUUAUUAUUGUGCUGUAGACUCUAGAAGUCUGGGUAAUCUACUUACACUUACUGGACAGACAGCAUACAAAAACAAACUGUAGCAAAGAGGUUAACAGUGUUUGAAGGGUUGUAGUUAUCUGUACUGCAGAUUCAUCUGUACUGCAAUAUCAUCCCACUGUUUAAAGCAGAUUGGACUAGUGCAGAGAAUGCACUGCGACCUUUUGGUCACUUGAAAUUUGCGGUAAUUGUUUAAGCUUACUGUGACUAAUCUGAGGCCCUGUUCAUGAUGCAAAAAAUGAAACGGUUCUAUCGGUUAGGCAAGCUGAAACGGAUAAGUUUUGUCAUCAUGAACGCUCCGAAACAGAUCUGAAACGAUUUUUUUUCCUCGGGAGGUGGUUCUGAAACGGUUUCUAGGUUAUCCGGAAUUGCGAAUUUUCAUCAUGAACGCAAAAGCGGCGCGAUCCGUUUUACAUCCGGGCACGUGCGUUCAUGUUUGGUGGCGCCACAGGGAAAAAGUACAAUCUGUGAUUCAGGUGUUUCGGCUGCAUUUUCAGAUUUAGUAAAAUUCGUUUUUAUUAUCGGGCUGCCUCCUGGUAGACUGAGGAGCCAGCAGUCCUGAUAUCGCAAGGGAAUGUGUCAGGAGAUCCAGUGGAAAUGUCAUAGCAUGGCAUAUAUCGAGACCACAAUGUUUUCAGAGGCAUUUCCAAGGUCAUGACAGAACCCAGCUUCGAUUUCAGUAAGGCAUUUUGGUUCAAUUUCGAUCAAAGACCAAUAAUCUGACACAGAAGUACAAGUUAGGGAAAAGGUCACAACAACCUCAGGGGUCAGAGGUCACAUUACCAUGCAUUACCAUGCCUCUUGAAGCUUGCUUGAAGGAACUGAAAAGGUUUGCAAACUGUUUCCUGACGGAUUUCCAGGCCUAACCGAUAGAACUGUUUCAUUUUUUGCAUCAUGAACGGGGCCUGAGUGGUUGAACAGUUGAAGGAAUAAUAGCUUUCAUCAAUGGAAGUCUAAAUGUGGCAAAGAUUUUUGUAUAAACUGGCAUCAACCUGACUGCUAUGAAUAGAAAUAUAUAGUUUCAGCUCAACAUUCAUGCAAUGUCAAAGUCAUGGCAGACCUUAAGAAAAGGAAUGAUUACUUUGGAUUUUGAACUUUUUGCCAUGUCUUGUUGGUCUGGUACAAAUUGUUUGAGAACUCCAAACCCUUGACUUUUGUGCUGAGAAAUUUCCAUUACCACAAACUUCAAUCAGUGCCAGAUAAUGUCAAUGAAGGUUAGUGCCGGAUAACAUGGUUAUUCAUGACAAAGACAUAAAAUCACAGCCGACAUUUUGAUGACCGUCUGUCACCUUCUUCAGGGUAAUACUAACAUUAGUUCUAUUCCACACUGCAGCUACAUGGAGGAGGAGCUGCUGAUUAUGCUGUUCCAAAUGUGAAGAAUGUUGUCAUAUGUGCAGUCCUAUGACAAUUCUUCACAUUUGGGGCUGUAUUAUAAGCAGCUACGUCUUACCCUUGCCCUCCAUCUAGAAACUUAGUCGUGAGAGAUGCUGCCGAAGACCUUUUAUGUGACAGUGAGUUUGAUUGAAUAUUCAAUCCACACUGUAGCUGUCCUGUCUGCUGCCAUACCUGGUUAGAUACUGUUGUGUUGUUUAGAUCUGACACAGCUACAUAGAAGUUGCAGUUUGUAUCAAUUUAAAAAGAAUGUCCUGGGGUUAAUACCGUUGUAAGUGUUGUGUUUGUAACAGGUUCUUGUGCACCUAUGUUGGCUCUGCUGCAUAAUCAGGUCAGAAGCAACUGAAUAUACAUGUACAAAAAGCUGCCAGCAUGUUUUACCUUCUAAGGCAUUGUCAGACAGUUAGCAAAGUUGUUUUUAACAUGUAUAGGAUGAGGGAAUCAGCAGAAUAUACACUCAAUGUAUGUUGAGGUACAUGAAGGACAGAGCAGUUGUGCUGUGGAAAUGAAACAUUAGUCUGACAAUGUUAGGUUACCCAAUCAAUGUGAAGAGAGUUUGUCCAUGAAUAAAGUAAUGAAGAGUGGGGAUAUUAUAGCAAACAUGAAUAAUUAGUUAAUCUUUGACCCCACAUCUGUGGUGUAAAUAGGGAAAGCAAAUACUAUAAAUGUAUGAUUUUUGAUAUGACUCAAGUAACCAACCCUGUACAGGUAUUGUCAUUUAUCCAAGGUUUGUAUAAAAUGCUGUUAUAAGUCAGGUCAACACUAACAUGAACUUCACAUUUUCACCUUCCAGACAGGACAUGUCAGGUCAGGUCAUUGUGUGACAUUUUAACAUAUAUAGCUGUAUGUGUACCAAUAUUUUAAAGCAGUAUGCUUCCAUGUACCUGACUUCUAAUGUUCUUUUCACGUAUACUUUAUUUCACAUAUGGUAUACAUAUAGGCAGAGUAUAAACAGGGUGACCCAGAAAAAAAGGGGUACCACUGAUAGUGGUUUUAUUACUAACUCAGCACAUCACUAUAUGCUGUAAUACAUGUAGUAAGCUUUUCAUAAAGCAGAGCUGAUUUGCUAAUGACAUAUCUCUAGUUAUUUAGCAUCAUUUGUGAAGCAACUGUACAUGUACAGUUUUGGUCAAACCCCUUUGGUCUAACUUUGUGUUUAAACCUAUGAGUUGGAUAUAGCACAUCAGAAAGAAUCAAAACACCAAAAUAUGUACAGUAGCAAACUAGGUCAUUUUAGGGCAUAUAGUUUUUGUUCUCGUGUAGUGCUGUGUCUGUUGUGUCAAAUGCUUACAACUACAACACAUGUCAGCCAACCCUGGUCACGGAGCAAGACAGAAGCGCUCCUUCAACACAACCAAAAAGGAUUUGAACAUAUAUUGUUUAAAACAGAUCAGUGAUAAGUGAUCAGGGAAAUGUAACUAUAAACACACAUAGUAACCUCUAACUUUAAAUGUGGGGAUUUUUUUUCUGUGUCACCCUGUACAGCAGCUAGGGGAUAGAUGAAAUGUUACCAUUAAUUUACCCAUACCAGCAAGUGUCAGAUAUGAAUCCAACUGGGUUGAUCCUACUGGCCACUCACAAACACAGCAUCCUGCAACACUUCAACCUGAAAAGCAACUAUGUCAAACAAUAGGUACAUUAUAAAUCCAUCUUUAGCAAAAAUCCAACUUGCUUAAUACACCGAUUUUGUAACUUUUUCACAAAUUGAGAUACAAGCAUCUAGUUGAGACCUUUCAAAUCAGACUUUUGAAAGUUCAAUGUAAUCCUGUUAGCUUAGAUAUUUUUAUUUUGAUGAAGUUGUUCAGCCCGGUUGUGGUUUGUUUUGAUUGGAAAAGAACAUGUUGUGGAAGGUUAGUAGGAGUGCCUUAUACUUACAGGUGAUCGACAAGGAGUUUGCUCCUGAAAAAAGAAGGUGGUGCUUAGUAGUUUGAAAAUAUUCGUUUGCAAGAUGAUUUGAGCUGUUCUAUCAUCAGAAUGAUUGUUUACAUUAUCAUAAUGAAAGUAGCGAUUAAAGAGUUUACUGAUGUGUA